AUGUUCCCAUCAACAACAACAUCUUCUCCAGUUUACAUCAAGAUUCGUGUUAAUGAUCAACCAACUGAAGCAAUUGUUGAUACAGGAUCCGCCAUCUCAAUCAUAAAAUUAAAUUUUCUUAAAACUAUUCAUCAUAAAAAUUUUAUUUAUAAAAACCAUACAUGUCAAACAGCCAGUUCAACACCUCUUAAUAUUAUUGGUCAAAUUAAAUUAGAAAUAAAAAUUAAAUCUAUAACAACUUAUGUUACUGCUAAUGUUGCAACAAAUUUAAUUACAUCAAUUCUUUUAGGCAAUGAUUGGAUAAUUUCAAAUCAUGUUCACCUUUUUGGUGACCAGAAACAAUUAACUAUUCCUGAUCAACAUGGUCCAUUAAUUUCAAUUCCGUAUGUGGAACCUACUUAUAUUAACUAUCCAGCUUUAUUAAUUCAUCAAAUUACUCUUCCACCUCAUUCACAAACACUAGUUGAUAUUACAUGUCAAAAUAUUAUUAAUAAACGUACAAAAUCGAUAACAAACGUUAUCAAAAAUACACGAAUCGGUACGCUUUCUCGUGACACAACUUUUUCAAUAUAUGCAGCAUCGCAAGUUCCAACAAAAUAUAAUUCGUUCCUAAAUGAAAACCGUCAAUUAUUAUCUCAACACUCGAAAAAAUUUAAAAACAGAGCUGUCUUAAACACGAAAGACGACUCGAAUUCAACAAAAUUAAAUGUUAUUUGUGAUUUAUGCAAUGAACAUUUUUUAUCGGGAAAUGAUUUACAGAAACAUUUACGAGCACAAUAUUAUUCAGAUCAGAUUCGAAAGCACAUACUCGAAUCGACCAAACAUAUAGAAAAUGAAAAACAUCGUUUACAAAUUCAAGAUAUCUUAUGGCGAAAUAGAAUAUUAUUUGAUCCCACACCAUCAAUUAUUAAUAUACCUCCACAAUCGGCAAUUAAAACUGAUGAUAAUCCACCUAUUUAUUCCAAACAAUAUCCCGCUUCAUAUAAAGAUCAAGAAAUAAAAUUUCAAGAAACACAAAAAUUACUAGAACGUGGUCAAAUUGAAGAAUCAACUUCUCCAUGGUCAUCACCUAUUGUUCUUGUUAAGAAAAAAGAUAAAACAAUGCGAUUUUGCAUUGAUUAUCGACAAUUAAAUGCUAUUACAAUUAAAGAUGCAUUUCCACUUCCUCGAAUAGAUGAAACAUUUGAUCAAUUAUCCGAUGCAACAUAUUAUACAAAAUUUGAUUUUAAAUCGGGUUAUUACCAGGUACCUCUAUCGAAAGAGGACCGUCCAAAAACUGCAUUCUCAACUCACGAUAAUCAUUAUCAAUUUACUGUACUUCCACAAGGAAUUACCAACGGACCCGCAACUUUCCGACGUGUCAUUAAUCAUAUAUUAGGACCCACACGAUGGAAAUAUGCAUUAGCUUAUAUUGAUGAUAAACAAUUAACUAUACCUAAUCAACAUGAUCAAUUAAUUUUAAUUCCAUAUGUGCAACCAACAUGCAUUAAUUAUCCAGCAUUAUUAGUUCAACAAAUUACUCUUCCACCAUAUUCACAAAAAUUAGUUGAUAUUACAUGUCAAGUUACUAAUGCUAAUAAUCUUAUAUUUGAACCAUAUGAACGUUAUACAUCAAAAUUUAUUUUCAUUCCGCAUACAUUAUUAAAUAUUAAUAAAAAUCAAGCCAAAGUGUUAUUAAUUAAUGCACAAAAUCAACCACAAACGUUACCGAAAAAUACACGAAUCGGAUCCCUUUCUAGCCAUUCAACUGCUACAAUAUAUGCUACAACACAAGUUCCAACAAAAUAUAAUUCGUUCUUAAAUGAAAACCGUCAAUUAUUUUUUCAACACUCGAAAAAAUUUAAAAACAGAGCUGUCUUAAACACGAAAGACAACUCGAAUUCAACAAAAUUAAAUGUUAUUUGUGAUUUAUGCAAUGAACAUUUUUUAUCGGGAAAUGAUUUACAGAAACAUUUACGAGCACAAUGUUAUUCAGAUCAGAUUCGAAAGCACAUACUCGAAUCGACCAAACAUAUAGAAAAUGAAAAACAUCGUUUACAAAUUCAAGAUAUCUUAUGGCGAAAUAAAAUAUUAUUCGAUCCUACACCAUCAAUUAUUAAUAUACCUCCACAAUUGGCAAUUAGAACUGGUGAUAAUCCACCUAUUUAUUCAAAACAAUAUUCCGCUUCAUAUAAAGAUCAAGAACUUAAAUUUCAAGAAACACAAAAAUUAUUAGAACGUGGUCAAAUUGAAGAAUCAACUUCUCCAUGGUCUUCUCCUAUUGUUCUUGUUAAGAAAACAGACAAAACUAUGCGAUUUUGUAUUGAUUAUCGACGUUUAAAUGCUAUUACAAUUAGAGAUGCAUUCCCAUUACCUCGAAUCGACGAAAUUUUUGAUCAAUUAUCCGAUGCAACAUAUUAUACAAAAUUUGAUUUUAAAUCUGGUUAUUUCCAGGUACCUCUAUCUAAAGAGGACCGUCCGAAAACUGCAUUUUCAACUCGUGAUAACCAUUAUCAAUUUACUGUACUUCCACAAGGAAUUACCAACGGACCCGCAACUUUUCAACAACAUUUAUUACAUCUUAAUGAAAUUUGUACAAUAUUAAAAAAUGCUCGAUUUCGUCUUAAUCCCGAUAAAUGUGAAAUUGCUCGAACACAAACAGAUUAUCUUGGACAUAAUAUAAAAAAUGGUGAAAUUCGUCCAAGUCCUCAAAAUAUUAAUGGUUUAUUAAAUACAAGAUUACCACAAACUCCAGAUGAAGCUUGCAAAUUCGUUAAAGCUGCUGAAUAUUAUCGAAAAUUUAUACCAAAUUUUUCUCAAAUCGCCGAACCACUUAGAAAAUUUGUUCCAACUACAAGAACUCAACAAAAGAAAGGACAAAAAACUAUUAUUACAUUAACAAAUGAAGAANCACUUAAUAUAAUCGGUCAAAUUAAAUUAGAAAUAAAAAUUAAAUCAAUAACAACUUAUGUCGUUGCUGAUGUUGCAACAAAUUUAAUUACAUCAAUAGUAUUAGGAAAUGAUUGGAUUAAUUCGAAUCAUGUUCACCUUUAUGGUGACCAGAAACAAUUAACUAUACCUAAUCAACAUGAUCAAUUAAUUUUAAUUCCGUAUGUGCAACCAACAUGCAUUAAUUAUCCAGCAUUAUUAGUUCAACAAAUUACUCUUCCACCAUGUUACAAAUUUUGUUCGCUACAUUUAUUUAAUUUUACGUAUCCAAUAUUCAAAACGGCUUCCGGUACCAGAUCUCAAGUUCAGAAAAAUAAUACACCAUUAUUGCCUCCUACCAUCAUCAACGAAUCGUCAUCUCGUAACGUUUCACCAUCGGCUCCUGUUGAAACUUCUCAAUCAAUCUCUUCUACUGCCGCCAUGACUGAUCAAACACUAUUAGGCAAGGCUCGUAAAGGUCGCUUUGAUGAUUUACCAAAUUUUUCCGAACAUCCCUCGGAGGAUGUCGAACGAUUUUUAAAAAGCAUUAAAAAUAUAACAAAAGCUAAUGAUGAAUCAGAUAAUCCUGAAAUUCUCGAAAUUGUUCGUGGUAAAUUAACUCAAUCUGCUGGAAUGUGGUUUGAUAAUAAUGAAUCAAUCUUUAAAAAAUGGUCAGAUUUCGAAACGGCUUUUCGAAAUCGUUAUUUUCCGACAACACUAGCUCAUCAAAACUUUGAUAAAUUAAAACAACGCAAACAACAACAUGAUGAGCCUGUUACGUCUUAUUUUGACGAUGUUGUCAAAUUAUGUCGAGAAAUUGAUCCCGAUAUGUCCGAUAAGAUUAUUAUUCACCAUUUAAUGAGUGGACUUAAUCCUGAUUUCAAAAAGGAGCUCUCUCGACGUGAAUCAUCUAUGAAUACAUUAAGCGAAUUUUUAAAACAUGCAAAAAUUGAAGAAGAUUUAUAUGAUACUUUUGAAAAAUCUCCAAUUUCAUCCUUAACUACUUGGGUUAAACAACCAACACCACGUUAUCAUAAUCUGAAACCGGAUAAUCGUCUUUCACAUUUAACACACUCACAGAGAUCCGUUCCUCCACGGAACUCGACUCAUGAACUUACACCUCGCACAGUAAUACCUGAUAAAAAGCAAAUUCCCAAUUAUCCAUCACAAUCCAUAUUUAACAAAAAAUCGAUUUCUAAUCAACCAAUAUCACCAUCUCAAUUUUCUAAUUAUUUUCUCAAAACCAUUCAUCACCAUAAUUUUUUAUAUCAAACUCAUUUAUGUCAAACUGCAAAUUCAACACCUCUUAAUCUUAUUGGUCAAACCAAAUUAGAAAUACAAAUUAAAUCUAUUAAAACUUGUAUUACUGCUCAUGUUGCUACCAAUUUAAUUACAUCAAUUCUUUUAGGUAAUGAUUGGAUUAAUUCGAAUCAUGUUCACCUUUAUGGUGACCAGAAAAAAUUAACUAUUCCUGAUCAACAUGGUCAAUUAAUUUCAAUUCCAUGUGUAGAACCUACAUCUAUUAAUUAUCCGGCAUUACUACUCCGUCAAGUUACUCUUCCUCCACAUUCACAAACAUUAGUUGAUAUAACAUGUCAAAUUAGCAAUGCACAUAAUCUUAUAUUUGAACCUUAUGAGCGUCAUGUAUCAAAAUUUAUUUUCAUACCACAUACAUUAUUAAAUAUUAAUAAAAAUCAAGCCAAAAUAUUAUUAAUAAAUGCACAAGAUCGACAACAAACAUUACCACGAAAUACACGUAUCGGAACCCUUUCCCGUCAUUCAACUUAUACUAUAUAUGCUACAACGCAACCUGACACAGCACGAAAUUUUUUCUCAAAUAAAAAUCAUCGAUCUUUACCUCCGCGGUCUAAACAAUUAAAAUCCAGAGCUGUCUCAUGUGGUAAAGACAACUCGCAUCAAAUAAAAUCAAAUGCUUAUUGCCACCGUUGUCAUGAAUAUUUUUUAUCUGGAAAUGAUUUACAAAAACAUUUACGAGCAAAAUGUUAUUCAGAACAGAUUCGACAACAAAUACUCGAAUCGACUAAACAUAUAGAAAAUCGAAAACAUCAAUUAGCAAUUCAACAUAUAUUAUGA